AUGAUUUCUUUGAUCCUCGUCGUAUUGGAAACAGUUCUAAAAGAAGUUUUGACUGUCCCAUCAGGGGGAACUGUGUAUACUCGCUGGGGUCGCAAAGAUUGUCCCAGCAGUGCAAAAUUAGUCUACUCAGGAUAUGCUGGAGUAGAACCACUUUGUUUACCAAGAGACCCACAGUGGGAAGGCUACAGCAGAUAUAACCCCUUUAGAGGGAGUGUGUUUGGGGCUGAAUACCAAGUUGAUAAUAGUGAUAUCAUAAACUCUAAAUUGCAUGACCACGAUGUACCAUGUGCCGUUUGUGAGAUUGUCAGUGGAUCACCCGUCAUCGUAAUUCCGGCAAGAAUACGCUGCUACCCCGGUUUGAAAAAAAAGUAUGGUGGAUACCUCAUGGCAGGAUAUUGGAAUCAUAAAGCCGGCUCCACCUACUCCUGCGUGGAUAAAUAUCCUCAGGCUCUGCAUGGGGGAUACCAAAAUCAUGAUGGUAAACUGUUCUACCCAGUGGAAGCUUGGUGUGGUACCUUACCAUGUCCUUCCUACAGAAAUGAAUGGGAGUUUACCUGUGUCGUUUGUUCCAAAAAAUAG